AUGAGUAUUGAUAUUCAAAAUAUUAAAACAAUUAAAUAAAGGGGGGAAUAUAAAAAAAUAAAAUCCGAAUUAAAAUUUUAAAUAUUAUAAGAACUUUAAUUUAAUAGUAUUAAAGAAUUAUCUAAGAAAUAUGGCAUUGCUAGAUAAACAAUUGCUUCAUUUAAGAAAGCAAAGGAACACAUAUACGACAAUUUUAAGAACAAAGUCUUAACUUUAAUCUAUGAUUUUGUUGAUAUGCGUUUGGAGGGUACUCCAAGUUUAUCAGAGCAAGCCAUAAAGAAAGAUAUUAAAUUGUUAAUAAAGACUAGAGAAUAUUUUAAUUAUAAUGAUAUGAAUUCAUUAAGUAAAUUUAUUCCAGAAACAAAGAGAAAUUCUUAGAAAAAAAGAAUUAUUCGAUUUGUUAUGAAAUAGUCUUUGUUGUAUUUUAAUUAAUAAAAGUAAAAGUAAAAAUAAUUGAGUAAAGGUAAUGUUGAGAUUCCUCAAUAAUAAUAGUAAAUUAUUUAAAUUUAAGAUCAAAUUACUUAGUAAUAGAAUUCUGAGUAAGCAGUCUUAACUAAUUUUCCUUAUUGGUAUGUAGAUGAGAGUUCAUAGUUAGACUUUGAUUUGUCUAAUGAAUGGAAAAUUGAAUGA